AUGUUUUCACCAACACGAACCAGUAAUUACGGAAAAAAAGAAAUGAGCCCUUGCUAUGCGAUUUGGCCACCGGGUUUUACGAUUUUCUGGCGGGUUUUGCCGAAGCUGACUCAAAGGCUGAAAACCAGGUGCUGGGUGGCGAACAUGGGUUCGCCGAUCCUUGCUGAUGUGAUAUCCGACAAGAAACUCGCCGGAAUUGACAGAAAAUAUUGCAAAAUCAGAGGGCGAAUUCCAGCUGAAGUUGGGAACUUAAGCAGCUUAUUAGACCCUGAUCUUUCUGGAAAUAACUUAGUUGGAUUGAUUCCCAGAUCAAUUGGCAACUUGGAAUAUCUUCAGUGCUCUAACUUGAGUAACAACAAAUUUACAGGAUUUAUUAGAGAUAAUUUUUGUAAAUUGCAGCGUUUGGGUGCUAUUUACUUCAGUCAAAAUAAACUUUCAGGAUCUCUUCCGAAUUGUUUGGGGAGUGUUAUUUCCCUUAGAGAGAUACAUCUAGAUUCCAAUAAAUUGAGUUCCAAUAUACCAUCAAGCUUAUGGAAUCUUAAGGAUCUAAUGGUUCUUGACUUAUCGUCAAACAAUAUGGUUGGUUCAUUACCUCCAGAAAUUGGAAAUCUAAAGGUCGUGACACAGAUGGAUCUAUCAGUGAAUCAAUUCUUUGAUGGAAUUCCAAGAGAAAUUGGAGGAUUGCAAAAUCUGGCGCAUCUUUCUUUGAGUCACAACAAGUUGCAAGGAUCUAUACCGGACUCAAUGAGCAACAUGGUAGGUUUGGAAUUCCUAGACUUUUCUCAUAAUAACCUAUCAGGAACCAUUCCCAAGUCUUUGGAGAAACUUCAAAACCUGAAGUAUUUCAAUGUUUCUGCCAACAAAUUGUAUGGUAAGAUACUCACCGAGGGUCCUUUCAAGAACCUCUCAAUUCAGUUUUUCAUCUAUAAUGAAGCAUUGUGUGGUUCUUCAAGAUUUAGUGUCCCUCCAUGCCCUACUUCAUCAAAGCACAGAGCAAAUAAGAUAAAGGUGCUAGUUCUUUUACUUUCACUGGGAAUUGCACUUUUAUUUGUUCCUAUCACUUUUCUGUUUGUAUGGAUAAGGUAUAGAAGAGAUAAGAGAGCUCCUCCACAAGUUGAGUCAUUGUCUACAGUAACAAGAGAAAUAAUUUCAUACUAUGAAUUGAUCCAAGCAACUGAUGGGCUUAGCGAGAGUAAUCUGAUUGGUUUUGGAAGUUUUGGCUCUGUUUACAAAGGCGUUCUCAGAAGUGGAACUGCCAUUGCAGUUAAAGUGUUCAAUCUGCAACUGGAUGCAUCAUACAAGAGUUUUGAUACAGAAUGUGAAGUUUUGCGUAGCCUCUGCCAUAGGAAUCUUGUAAAAGUCAUUACUAGUUGUCCCAAUCUUGAUUUAAGGCUUUAG